AUGGAGGACGGGCUCGCCGGACUGGGAGAUGAGGGGCUCGCCGGAGUUGCUGGCUUGAGGGGGAGAGCUCGCCGGAGUUGCAGCGGCCCGACGAAGAGCAGCGCGGCAGAGGGGCGCUGCGAGGAUUCACCAGUGGUGACCUGCUCGCGGCGGCGGCGGCGAGGGGAUGUUCAUGGUGGCAGGGCGCGUCUGCCGGUGGUCGUGAGGGACAACAAUUGCACGGCGAACGAGCAGCAAAAGGGGGUGGCGGUCGCCGACUGCAGCCUGCUCGCGGGGAAGGGUCGCCGGGACUGCUUAACGUCCCGUACAAGGGUCGGGUUCUGGUCUGCCGCUGCCAGAAAUUGGAGUUCUUCAACCGCCAGAGCUCGUCGGGGCCCGCGAAGGUCGAUUCCCGCCGCGGCUACCUUCCCCCUAUCGCGCAUUCAUCUCGCCGUCGGGAGUCUGGACUUAAUCGCGACUGGAGAUUUGGGCUCGAACUCAUCGGGAUCGCUGAAACGCCGGGAUUGUUGCUGCUCGCUUCUACGGAGAAGGGAGAGAGACGACGGAGAUUUUGAGGAGGAAGGAGAUUAG